AUGGGCAAGAAGCGUGUCCUUUGUACUUAUGGUGUCGACAUCGAUGCUGUCGCUGGGUGGCUGGGCUCCUAUGGAGGCGAAGACUCGACGAGUGAUAUCAGUAGAGGUCUCUUUGCGGGAAGCAUUGGUACGACGCGUCUUUUGAAGCUGUUUGAGAAAUACAACAUCAAAGCCACCUGGUUCAUUCCAGGACACUCGCUGGAAACGUUUCCCGAAGAAUGUGCCGCUGUUCGCGACGCUGGCCACGAAAUCGGUCUACACGGGUAUUCUCACGAAAACCCGGCUGACAUGACUUUCGAACAACAAAAGGACGUCCUAUCCAAAACGUUCAAGAUGAUCACUGACUUUUGUGGUAAACCUCCCCGGGGGAGUGUUGCGCCUUGGUGGGAAGUCAGUCGAGAAGGCACUGAACUACUUCUAAGCUAUGGAAUUGAGUACGAUCACUCGAUGAGCCACGAAGACUGUCAGAUGUACUGGCUUCGGACGGGUGAUACCUGGACGAAAAUCGACUAUAAGAAGGAAGCCAAAGAUUGGAUGAAGCCUUUGAUCAAAGGCAAAGUGACUGGGUUGGUCGAGAUUCCUGGUAGUUGGUAUAUUGAUGACUUGCCACCAAUGAUGUUCAUCAAGAAUUCUCCCAACAGCCACGGCUGGGUAAACCCUCGCGACAUUGAAGACAUCUGGAAGGAUCACUUCGAUUACUUUUACCGCGAAUAUGACGAGUUCAUCUUCCCAAUGACCAUUCACCCUGAUGUGUCUGGACGGCCACAUGUCUACAGGAUUAUCGAAUACAUCAAUAAACAUGACGGUGUCGAAUGGGUGACGAUGGAACAGAUGUGUGAUGACUUCAAAAGCAAGAAUGCUCCUCCCGAAGGUGCCUUGAUGCCUGCUCCUGCAGGCGAAAUCUUGAAAACCCUAUAA